UGAAAUUUUCCUGUACAAAAGUCCGAAUCAUUGAGGUUUGGUUCGGGUUUUCAGUGCACAUUUUUAUUUGAACAAUAUUUAUGAUAAGUCCUGAACAUUGAGUGUGUGAAGACAGAGCAAGAUGGCUCACUUUAGUUAUAGAAUAUACUUAUUGAGUGCCUUAGUGCUGCUAGUUGGCACGGCGACGUGGGGGCAUGCCGAGGAAGAUGACUCCGCCGACGGAGUCACUGUUGAGACUGUAGAAGAGGACCAAUACUUGUAUAAAACGCCUACUAUAGACCCAAAGAAAGUGUACCUGGCGGAGCAUUUUGACAAUGAAGAGGCGUUCAAGAAGAAAUGGAUCAAGUCUGAAGCCAAGAAACAGGGUGUUGAUGAGAACAUUGCUAAGUAUGAUGGAAAAUGGGAGAUCCAAGCCCCAUCCCGAAAGAUCCUGAAGGAUGAUCUAGGCUUAGUGCUCACAACAGAAGCUAAGCAUGCUGCCAUUUCUACCCUACUGGACAAACCGUUUGAGUUCAAGGAUAAACCUUUGGUUGUGCAAUAUGAAGUUACUAUGCAGGAAGGUCAAAACUGUGGCGGAGCGUACAUAAAGCUACUCUCAAAAGGCACCGACACGAAGGCCGACCUCCGCAAAUUCUACGACCAAACACCGUACACGAUCAUGUUUGGGCCAGACAAAUGCGGCAAUGACAAUAAGUUGCAUUUCAUCUUUCGUCACCAGAAUCCGAUAAACGGUACGUUUGAGGAGAAGCACAGCAAGAAACCCAGCAAACGCAUAGACGAAUUCUACACGGACAAGGAACCCCAUCUAUACACCCUUAUCGUGCGUCCGGACAACACAUUUACCAUACUCGUGGACAACAAGGAAGUGAACUCUGGCUCGCUGCUAGAGGACUUCACUCCCCCCGUUAACCCUCCCGAGGAAAUCGAUGACCCUGAAGACAAGAAGCCUGACGAUUGGGAUGAGAGAGAGAAGAUUGUGGACCCGUCAGCGACAAAACCAGACGACUGGGACGAGGAUGCGCCGGCGCAGAUAAUUGACUCCAAUGCGGUCAAGCCUGACGGGUGGCUUGACGACGAGCCGGAAAUGAUUCCGGACCCGGAGGCGAAGAAACCAGAAGACUGGGACGAGGAUAUGGAUGGCGAGUGGGAGCCUCCGCUCAUCGACAAUCCCGCCUGCAAGGCCGCGGCCGGCUGCGGCGUCUGGAUGCCUCCCAAGAUCGCCAAUCCCGCUUACAAGGGUCUCUGGCGCGCGCCGUUGAUCGCCAACCCCAACUACAAAGGCAAGUGGACCCCGCGUCGUAUCCCCAACCCGAACUACUUCAAGGACGAUAAGCCAUUCCGCAUGACCCCUAUCCACGCUGUGGGCUUCGAGCUGUGGUCCAUGUCGCCACGGCUGCUUUUCGACAACCUGGUGAUCACCGACGACGAAGCCGUCGCAUCCGACUGGGCCCACCAGACCUUUGCUUUGAAACGCGCCAAGAUGUCUCGUGACUCCGACUCGUUCGUGGACCGCGCGGUGAAGUUUGCGGGAGACAACCCGUGGAUCUAUGCCGUUGUCAUUCUCAUCGGAUUUGCGUUCAUUGGCCUCAUUGUAUACAUCUGCUGCGGACCUAAAUCAGACUCGGACGCUGACAUUAAAAAGACUGACGCUUUCGUUGAGGACGAUCAACACAUCUCGGAGGGAGAGGCGGAAGCGGAAGGCGAGGCGGAGCCUGAAGAGGUGCCGGAACGACUCAGCAAAGCGGACCUGGAAGGACCGGAAGUGGAACCCGAUUCCACUGAUACAACUCCACUUGUCGACACAGAGGGCGCUGGCGACGGGCAGCGGAAACGGAAGCCGCGCAAGGAGUAAGCGGCAAGUUAGUCUUAGAGGGUAGACGGUAGCAAUCUCGUUAAUUGCUUUUUAUCUACAUAUUUCCUUUUAUAUAAUACAACGUAGACGCAAUGUAUGUAACCUGUGCAUUCGGAUUGCUGCUUAGGUUCAUAGGGAUCUUAUUAUAUAAGCAAUUCUUUUGCAUCACGAAUGCAUAAUAUUUAUGGGGAUAUUUUUCCAUGACCCAAUACCUCAUAACUUGGCAUUCCUAUUAUUAGAAUUAAUUAGCUUUUGCAUAACGACUUAUGGAAAUGUAUACAACAUUUUUUUUGUUAUGCAAGGCUGUAAAGUUGUUGUUUGACGCUAAUGCUAGUAUUGAAACCAGCGAGGGUUUCAAGACACGAGACGCAAAACAACUUUGCUGCCGAGCGAAACACACAACUUUUCACCUCACUAUAGCGAGGACAAUGGUAGAUGAAAGAUAAACAGUUGCACUAUAAUUGUAAGUCAAUGGUUGCACUAUAACAAGUCAGUUUAGUUUUUCGACGAAUUAUAAUAAUUUAAUAAACAAAUUUAGUUAUUAUUGUCAAUUGAAUGUCAACAAUAAUAAGAAUAAAAUCACAACAAAUCGCGUAGUUGAACGUGUCAUUAUGAUUUUUUUUCAUCGAAAGAAAGAGUUAGGUGCACCACAGUCUAUCGUCAAGUUUGAAUUUCAAAACCCUUUUCCACGCUAACGUGGUAACAACGCUUUUGCGCGCAGAUUUCUUAUGAGAAGAAAGCCUUUCCGAGCUAGUGAAAAUAUUAUUUAUUUGGUUUCAUUUUCUUAUGACUAAUGAAAAAGUAAAUCUUAAUACUAAACAUUGAGAUCCAAAAUGGUGUUCACUCGGCAUUUGUCUUGGAUGUUGUACAUGAAAAACAGCUUGACGUUGAUAUUCUGCUGUGAUUGAAUUUUUGAAUAACUUUGUUGUUUGAUAAUUAUUACAUUGGAGAACAAUAACAAAAUUUCUGUAUUAUACUAAAUUUGUUACACGAAAAAUGUGUAAUUUGGUCGAUUUUCGCCAUCACAAUUCAAAAUGGUUUUGACACAACCUGAAGCCACUUGUCAAAAUUGUGUUACAAUUUUACAAAGAUGUGACCUAGUAACUACAACUCGCAUUCAAUAACCCCGUUAUACUUUAAUAGAAAGUCUUCUAUCAGUACAAAUUAAUUUAUUUCUUUGUGUUAAACAGCUUAUAAAGUCGGUAUACAAAGUUUUCAGUAUACUACAAUACAAACUUACGAAUAUGUAAAGUAUUUUUUCUUUUAUUAAACUGUAAUUAGUAGUAUUGUAACUUGUUUAAUGUAAAUUUCAACAUUUGUAAUACAUGGUCCUGUUGACACAGCUUUGUAUAAGUGAUAGUUGAUGAACCAAAAUUGUUUGUUAUAUCAAUAGGAAUGUCGGGUUCAAGAUUUUUGGGUUAUUAGAAAAUAAUCUUGUAUAAAGACAGACUUCAGAAGGAUGGUAUGUUUGGUACAUCGAUAAGUGAGGUUGGGUUAAGUUUUAAUUUUAUUUAUUUCACAAAGAUAAAUCUUAGGUAGAAGUGUUAGGGAUACGUUUUAACAUUCAUAAAAGAGAAGCCAACACAAACUUGUGUUAAGAAUAAUUAGUAACCAAACAAAUCAUCCAGAAGAAGCUGUAUACAAAAUGUAAUAUAAUUCUUUGCCUUUGACGUUUUAUAUAAAAACAGGGAUGUAGAAUUAUAUAUAACUCCUUCUAGCGUGUCUGUUCCUACCCUCUUACAAAAUUUUAGUAAAAUUCAACCUUAUUUGUAUUUUGGCCUUAGUUUGGAUUUAAAAUUUCGAAUUUCUUUACUACCAAAGACUGUACAUUCUGUGGCCGUAAUAACCAUAUACCAUAUCAUAUUAGUUACCUAUGUCACUAUAGGCAAGACGUCGCAAACGGCAGUGCCAGGCAUUAAAAAUAUCUCUAAGAUACGAUACAUUUACACGACGCUGAAAUUCAGCCGCUUAAUUUGUACCUUCCAACUAUUUUUCCUAUAGAGUUGAACUCUGGAAGGACUGCAAUCUCUGAUUGGAGGAGAUUGGAAGUGCCGAAAUUAUGCUGUUGAAUUGCGGGUAAACGGAGCUGAAAAAAAAACGCAUCUAAACUACCGAUUUAAAUAUUCGCUCGAGUGUGCUUUGUUGAAAUUGCAUUGCAAGUAACAUAUUGCUCAUUUUGGUGCUACGUUGACGUAAUUGUAGUUUUGGCAAAAUAAAAAUUACACAUCUGUAUUUGCACUACUUAAUUUGAAUCUGUUCUACGCCUUUGCCUUUUUUGUUGUUGUUAGUUAUAAAGUUCUCGACUGAAGGACUUUGUAUCCAGGUCGUGCAAUAAAAUAUAAAAAAAAUAUAAUAAUGUUUGAAGAAAAAUUAAAUUCAUGUAUAUUGUAAAAAUGCACAGUUUAAAUUGCACACGUCAUAAAUUUGAAAUAAAAUUAAAA